AUCCCUAGUAAAGCAGACUGUCUUCCCCACUACUGUCGCCGCAUUGCGCGGGUACCAUGCUCGUAUAUAUAUUAUAGUACGAGUAUACAGCUAACAAUAGAGUACAAGAAAGACACCGGAGACUUGCAAUAUUGCUUGUGGAAUGGAUAAGAAGCAAGUGGCCAUUGUUGGAGCCGGAAUCAGUGGUCUCCUAGCCUGUAAAUACUGUCUUUCCAACGGUUUUGAUCCUACAGUGUUCGAAUCAGAAUCGGACAUUGGUGGUGUAUGGGCUAAAACCAUAAAAACUACAAGGCUCCAGUCACCUAAAUCUUUGUAUCAGUUUUCUGACUUCCCAUGGCCCGAUUCAGUCCCUGAUGUGUUCCCUACUCAACAACAGAUACUAGACUACAUCCGUUCCUACGCCAACCAUUUUGAUCUCUUGCCCCACAUCAAAUUCGAUUCUCGAGUCAAGGGAAUCAACUACGUUGGACCAUAUUCGGAGACAUGGUCACUUUGGAAUGGAAAUGGCGAGCCUUUUCCACCCCAAGGCAAAUGGAAUGUUACUGUUGAGAACACUGAAAAUGCCACCAUCCAGGUUUACAAUGUGGAUUUUGUAAUUCUGUGUUUGGGAAGAUUUAAGGAUGUACCAAAUAUACCAGAAUGUCCUGCUGGGAAAGGCCCGGAAUGUUUCCAAGGCAAAACGAUACAUUCAAUGGAAUAUGCAGCCAUGGAUCACGACAAAGCUGCAGAAUUUGUGAAAGGAAAGAAAGUCAUUGUUGUUGGAUUCGGGAAAUCAGGACUUGACAUUGCAAGGGAGUGCGCGUCCAUCAAUGGCCCGGAACAUACGUGUACUAUUGUAUACAGACGUGAUCAUUGGAAGCUCCCAGAUUGGUAUCCGUGGGGUGUCCCAUUAGCGCUGCUCUACCUAAAUCGCUUUUCUGAGCUCCUUGUGCAUAAGCCCGGUGAAGGUUUUUUGCUGAGUCUUGUGGCCACUUUACUUUCACCUUUGCGUUGGGGAGUCUCAAAAUUUGUCGAAAGCUACAUAAAAGCAAAGCUACCUCUUACUAAGUUCGACAUGGUGCCACAACAGAGCUUCUCUAAAGACACCCGCUCGUGUAUGCUUUCAUAUAUGCCAAAUGCAGAUGACUUCUUUGAUGAAGUGGAGAAAGGCUGCAUCAAGUUAAAGAAAUCUCCAAGUUUUAGCUUUUACAAUAAAGGGAUAUUCAUCAAGGAGGACAACACACAGAUAGAAGCAGAAGUUGUUAUAUUCGCUACCGGAUUCAAAGGUGUAGGAAAGCUUAAAAAUAUUUUUGAAUCAUCCACAUUUGGUCACUAUAUUGAGGGUUCACCACGAGUCCCUUUAUACAGGGAAUGCAUUCAUCCACAGAUACCACAGCUAGCAAUAAUUGGAUUUUCCGAGAGUCUAUCCAACCUUUACAUCUCGGAAAUGAGGUCAAAAUGGGUAGUCGCGCUUCUGAAAGGUGCAUUUAAGCUACCGAGUGUUAACGAGAUGUAUAAAGAUAUCGCGAGAUGGGACGAAUAUAUGAAACAAUCAAGUGGGGAAUAUCACCGUAGAUCGGCCAUUGGUGCUUUGGAAAUAUGGUACAAUGAUCAACUAUGCAAAGACAUGGGCAUUAAUCAUUGGAGAAAAAAUGGAUACUUUGCUAAUCUUUUUGAACCUUAUGGUCCUAUGGAUUACACUAAAAAAUAGGCCCAAUAAAUCAAUAAUCAUGCAUGGUCCAUCCAUAUAUGUCCAUGUCCAUGUGUACUAUUGUACUAACGUUAAAUUAUUCGUCGCAUAAGUUGUGGUCUCUGGAAUAAUCAUGUGUAACACCCAAUCCAUGUGAAAUUAUAUAUUACUCGUAAUCAUUAUCAAGUGCUAUCAUUAAUUCAUUAUGUUUAAAA